AUGGCUGGGCUGGGCUGGCGUGCGCGGGCCGAGCUGCUGGAUGGCGUGCCUGUUCAACCCGAAAAAGAGAAACCGACCCGGUUAGCAGAACACGGAAACUCAGAGGGAGAGAGGAGGCGGUUCGGCGGCCGAGCCGUGGGUGAGGCAGACUCGAGCUGCGGGUUCGGCGAGGGAGCUGGAGGGUUUGCCCGAAGAAAUGUUGGUUCCUUGGAAAUAUUAGGAGAGGUGUUCCUAAAAGACCUUAAUUAUGAUUUCCAGUCGUUGCCGGAAUCAAUUGGUAAUUUUAAAUCCAUGAUGAUCCUUGAAGUAGUAGAUGUCAAUAUUGUCGACCUUCCGACUGUUGGAAGGCUAAGGAGACUAAAAUGCCUCUUGCUCCUUGGGAGUUGGUUAGAAAGACUUCCUGAGGCAUUUGGAGACAUGCAAUCAUUAGUUGAAUUAGAUCCGUCAAAAGCAAGCAUCACUAAAUUACGCGAUUCCUUUGGGAACCUUAAAAAUCUUCAGUGCCUUUCUUUAAGAAGUUGUCGCAAGAUUGAGAAGGUUCCAAACCCGUUUGGUGAUCUAAAAUCUUUAUAUGAAUUGGAUAUAUCUUAUUCUGGACUUGUUCAGUUGCCUGAUUCUAUUGAGAAGCUGAAGGAGUUGAAAGCGAUCAAGAUGAGCGGUUGCAACAUCCAUGAGUUACCAAGCCCUAUCGGAAGCAUGAGGAAGCUUGAAAUGUUGGAUACUCCGAGUUCUCUCAAAGGAGAAAUCCCAAGCCAAAUUGGGCGGUUCUCCAGCUUGAGAGUAUUGGUGCUAUCACGUACCAAAAUAUGCCUGCUUCCCUCAACAAUAAGAAUCUACGACCGUUGA